UGAUCCCUACUUUCUUUUUCUCGCAACGUCUCAUUGCAGGCGUGUGGUGUUUUUUAAAGUUGAUCAGGAAAAAUCUUAAAAUCUUUAAUCUUUAAACAUCCAAAAUGGUCAACUUCACCGUCGAUGAAAUCCGUGCUUUGAUGGACAAGAAGCGGAAUAUCCGUAACAUGUCUGUCAUUGCUCACGUCGAUCAUGGUAAAUCCACCUUGACCGAUUCCUUGGUGUCAAAGGCUGGUAUUAUUGCCGGUGCCAAGGCUGGUGAAACUCGUUUUACCGAUACCCGUAAAGAUGAACAGGAACGUUGCAUUACCAUCAAGUCAACUGCCAUUUCUAUGUACUUCGAAGUCGAAGAUAAGGAUGUGGUUUUCAUUACCAAUCCCGAUUUACGUGAGAAGGACAGCAAGGGUUUCUUGAUCAACUUGAUCGAUUCACCCGGUCACGUCGAUUUCUCAUCUGAAGUCACUGCUGCUCUUCGUGUUACUGACGGUGCCUUGGUUGUCGUCGAUUGUGUCUCUGGUGUGUGUGUCCAAACCGAAACUGUGUUGCGUCAAGCCAUUGCUGAGCGUAUCAAGCCUAUCUUGUUCAUGAACAAGAUGGACCGUGCUUUGUUGGAAUUGCAAUUGGAAGCCGAAGAAUUGUACCAAACCUUCCAACGUAUUGUUGAAAACGUGAACGUCAUUAUUGCCACCUAUAACGACGAUAGUGGUCCCAUGGGAGAAGUACGCGUCGACCCCUCCAAGGGAUCCGUCGGUUUCGGAUCUGGCUUGCACGGUUGGGCCUUUACCCUUAAACAAUUCUCCGAAAUGUACGCCGAGAAAUUCAAGAUUGAUGUUGUCAAGCUAAUGAACAGACUUUGGGGUGAGAACUUCUUUAACGCCAAGACCAAGAAAUGGCAAAAGCAAAAGGAAGCCGACAACAAGCGCUCCUUCUGCAUGUACAUCCUGGAUCCCAUCUAUAAGGUGUUCGAUGCUAUCAUGAACUACAAGAAGGAAGAAAUUCCCACUUUGUUGGACAAGAUUGGUGUUACUUUGAAGCAUGAAGAUAAGGAUAAGGAUGGCAAGGCUUUGUUGAAGGUCGUUAUGCGUACCUGGUUGCCUGCCGGUGAAGCUUUGCUUCAGAUGAUUGCCAUCCAUUUGCCAUCUCCCGUUGUAGCCCAGAAAUACCGUAUGGAAAUGUUGUACGAGGGUCCCCAUGACGAUGAAGCUGCCGUCGCUGUUAAGAACUGCGAUCCCGAUGGUCCUUUGAUGAUGUACAUCUCCAAGAUGGUACCCACCUCCGACAAGGGCCGUUUCUAUGCUUUCGGUCGUGUCUUCUCUGGCAAGGUCGCUACUGGCCAAAAAUGCCGUAUCAUGGGCCCCAACUAUGUUCCCGGCAAGAAGGAAGAUUUGUACGAAAAGGCCAUCCAACGUACAAUUUUGAUGAUGGGUCGUUAUGUUGAAGCCAUCGAAGAUGUGCCCUCUGGUAACAUUUGCGGUUUGGUCGGUGUUGAUCAGUUCUUGGUUAAGACUGGUACCAUUACCACCUUCAAGGAUGCCCACAACAUGAAGGUUAUGAAGUUCUCCGUGUCUCCUGUCGUGCGUGUUGCUGUUGAGCCCAAGAACCCCGCUGAUUUGCCCAAAUUGGUGGAAGGUCUUAAACGUUUGGCCAAAUCCGAUCCUAUGGUACAAUGUAUCAUUGAAGAAUCCGGCGAACACAUCAUUGCUGGUGCCGGUGAAUUGCAUUUGGAAAUUUGCUUGAAGGAUUUGGAAGAAGAUCACGCUUGCAUUCCUUUGAAGAAGUCCGACCCUGUUGUAUCGUACCGUGAAACCGUUUUCGAAGAAUCCAACCAAAUGUGCCUCUCCAAGUCUCCCAACAAGCACAACCGUUUGGUGAUGAAGGCCACACCUAUGCCCGAUGGUUUGCCCGAAGAUAUUGAUAACGGCGAUGUCAGCUCCAAGGACGAUUUCAAAAUCCGUGCUCGUUAUUUGGCUGAGAAAUACGAUUACGAUGUAACUGAAGCCCGUAAGAUCUGGUGCUUCGGCCCUGACGGCACUGGUCCCAACUUCAUUUUGGAUUGCACCAAAUCCGUGCAAUACUUGAAUGAAAUCAAGGACUCGGUUGUUGCUGGUUUCCAAUGGGCCACAAAGGAAGGUAUCUUGGCCGAUGAAAACAUGCGUGGUGUUCGUUUCAACAUUUAUGAUGUGACUUUGCACGCUGACGCCAUCCAUCGUGGUGGUGGUCAAAUCAUUCCAACCACUCGUCGUUGUCUGUACGCCUCGGCCAUUACUGCCUCCCCACGUUUGAUGGAACCCGUCUACUUGUGUGAAAUCCAGUGUCCCGAAGUUGCUGUUGGUGGUAUCUACGGUGUGUUGAACAGACGUCGUGGCCAUGUCUUUGAGGAAUCCCAAGUUGUUGGUACUCCCAUGUUCGUCGUUAAGGCCUACUUGCCCGUAAACGAAUCCUUCGGUUUCACCGCCGAUUUGCGUUCCAACACCGGUGGUCAAGCUUUCCCUCAAUGUGUGUUCGAUCAUUGGCAAGUGUUGCCCGGUGAUCCAUGUGAACUCGGCAGCAAACCAUACCACAUUGUCCAAGACACCCGUAAACGUAAAGGUCUCAAGGAUGGUCUCCCCGAUCUUUCCCAAUACCUUGACAAAUUAUAAACAUCUUAAAGCGCAUCAUCGCCCAACCAACAAUAACAAUAACACCUAUGAGAAUUUAUUGCUCUUGUUGCUGCUGAUUGUCGGAUCAUGGAUCCCAGAGAACAGCACACCUACAACAAAGCUUCUAUCUUCAAAAAUAGCACAUGCGUAUUACAUACAACACGUUUUAAGAGAACAUGAAAUUAUAGAGAAGAAACACAAAAUAAUAAUAAAUUACAGAUAAUAUUACCAUA